GCUGUCAUUGCUAUUAUUUUCCAAAUUUAGAGGUUCUGGACAAAAACCGGCUACCUACAAAAAAAUCCACUUAAAUGAUAAAUUUUCGAUUAAGCAGAAAUUUAUUUACAACUGUAGUUCUACCUUUUCGACAAUUAAGUAAAAUGCAGCAACAAAACGUUGAGUCUAAAAAGGGUCAACCUCUGAAGCAUAUAAUUAAAAAACUAGAAAAUUUUGCACCACUUGCAUUUGCCGAGAAAUGGGAUAAUGUUGGUCUUCUCAUAGAACCUUACCAACAGAAAGAUGCAAUUAAAACAAUAUUUCUCACUAAUGAUUUGACUGUAAAUGUCAUGGAAGAAGCUGUGGAUAAGAAUGCAGAUUUGAUAAUUUCUUACCAUCCACCAAUAUUUGCUCCACUAAAGAGGAUUUCCCAAAAUAACUGGAAGGCAAAAAUAGUAUCAAUGUGCCUUGCCAAAGGUAUCGCUGUCUAUUCCCCACACACUGCAUGGGACUGCGCUCCAAAUGGAGAAAGUCUUAAUUGCUGGCUAUCAAAAGCAUUUAAACUUACAGAUAACGCUAAACCAAUAACCAUAAAUCCAGAAACGAAAACUGGACCAGGUCUAACAUGGUCAUAUCCUUCCUCUUUGAAUUAUAAAUUGCGAGAAGUGAUUGAAGAUAUUCAAAAUUACAUUGGGCUGCCAGUUCAUGUUGCAAUGGGUGUGAGUCAUUCUCUAGACUCUGUAAUACAGAAUAUGGCAUGUUGUGCAGGCUCUGGAGCAUCACUCCUCAAAGAAGUAUCCAAUACAGAUGUGUACAUUACAGGAGAAAUGUCGCAUCAUGAAUUAUUGGAUGCUCAACAUCGAAAUAUUACUGUGAUUUUAUGUAAUCACAGCAACACGGAAAGAGGUUUCCUGAAACAUUUCCAACCGAAACUAAGUAACUUUUUAGAGAGUAAUUGUGAAGUAAUUGUUUCGGAAUGUGAUAAGGAUCCUCUUGAAACAUUUGUAAGAAAACAUUGAAAUGUGAAAUAAAGUUUUUUUCUACAGCUCAA